AUGGCCAUCACUCCAAGCGAACUUCCGGGCCUCAUUUCCCAGCUGUCCGCUCUCGUCAACUCAAAUCGAGAUGGAGCACCAACCCCGGAAAUGGAGCUCAUCGCGGAGAAGAUUCUAUACGCGACGCGGCCGUACGGCAACGACGCCAUGAACCGCAUCUACCCGUACGUUGAAAUCGUGACCAUCAGACUGUUCAUGGACUGGGGCGUUUUCGAGAACAUCCCAGACGAGGGGACUAUUUCAUACGCGCAGCUGGCAAAGAGGGUGGACGCCGAUGAAUCGAUUCUCAGACGUUAUGCCUGGAUUCUUGUGGCGCGCAACAUACUCAUCCAGACCGGCGAGGAGCUGCUAUCUCACUCGGAGGUAUCAAAGAAGUAUAGACCUGGCAACUUGGAAGUGAGACUGGCCACAUUCUACUACGAUGAGAUGUUCCUCACAGCGGUGAAAAUGCCAGAGUACUUCCGCCACUACGGACGCCGCGAGCCGACGCAGCAAAACCACACGCCGUAUUCCUACGGCCACGGUGAGCCGGACAAGACGCUGUGGGAGAUCUGCCACAAGGAGCCCGCGCGGUUGAAGCGGGUGAUGGACGCCAUGGACACGGUAACGCACGGCCCGAUGAUCGGGAAGGAGUACGAUUUCAGCUGGCUCAAGGAGAGGAUCGCGGAUCCGGCGCAGAAGGACAGGAUCCUAUUUGUGGACGUCGGCGCUGGGAAGGGACAUAUUACCAAGGCGAUCCUGCAGGAGAACCCGUUCAUCCCGCAUGACCGCGUGGCGCUGGAGGAUCGGGACGAGGUUAUGAAGCAGGUUGUGGCGAAUCCUGACCCUGGGCUCGCGGGGGUGAAGCUGCAGAGUCAUGAUUUUCACAAGGAGCAGCCUAUCAAGAAGGCAUUCAUCUACUUCAUCUGCCGCUGUCUUCACAACUACAGCGACGAGGUAUCGGGUAAGAUGUUGACACAUCUCAGCCAGGCCAUGGGAUCGGACAGUAGGGUGUUGGUAGCUGAGAUGGUCAUGGAUGACCCGCCGCAGCCGUUGCAGGCCAUGUAUGACUUCACCAUGCUUGACAUUGGCGGGAAGGAGAGAACGGCGAAGAACUGGGCUCAAAUGGCUGCCGGAGCGGGGUUGAAGGUGAACAAGAUAUACGUCGUCAAGACAUUCCAAAACGACAUCUUCUCCGGCGCAUACGUCAAGACCGAAACGCACGACAUAGCCAGCAUCCAAGCGCUUCCCGACAUCGUCAACGUUUGGCACAACCAUGUCGUCAAGCUUGAUCCCGUCAAGGUUGCGCGGUCGUUUAGCGACGACGCGGCUUCGGCGAACUACUCCACGCACCACACGACUGGCGUGAAUAGGCUGCAUGAGAACGGAGUCUUCGGGGAGGGCGCGAAGGUUGGCGUUGUUGAUAGCGGGAUACAGUACUCUCAUCCUGCACUCGGCGGUGGAUUCGGGACUGGAUUCAAGGUUGCUGGAGGGUAUGACUUUGUUGGUGACGGAAACUGGCCUGAUUUGGGCGAGAAGGAGCCCGACGAGGAUCCGCUCGACAUUCUCGGCCACGGAACCCAUGUCGCGGGCAUCGUGGCGGGGUCUUCUACCAAUUUCGUCGGCGUCGCCCCGGAAGCCUCGCUCUACGCAUACAAAGUCUUCACUUCGACAGGCGAAACAGACGAAGCCACACUCAUUGAGGCGUUCCUCAAAGCCUAUGAUGACGGCAUCUAA